AUGAUCAGAUUGUUUCUGCAGAACAGUAGCUCAGCUCGUGUACAGUGUGUGAGGCUCUUGCAAACUUUUCCAGUGAUGUCUUCACCAAAGUCCACGAAAUUCACUGCUGAAGAGAGAGAGACAGAACUGCAGCCUUUAAAGUCCUCAGGCUGGACAGAGGUUGAGGGACGCGAUGCCAUUUACAAGGAGUUUAAAUUCAAGAAUUUCAACCAAGCAUUUGGUUUUAUGACACGUGUGGCUCUGACGUCAGAGAAAAUGGAUCAUCAUCCAGAAUGGUUCAAUGUUUACAGCCGAGUGCAAGUAACCUUGUCAACGCAUGACUGUGGAGGGCUCUCUGCAAAAGACGUCAAGCUUGCAAAAUUCAUGGACAGAGCUGCUGGGUCUAUGUGA